CAAAAAACAACUACAACUCUUUAAAUAGAUUUUGUUUUGUGUCUUAUAAUUAAUUAAUAAUUAACUCUAAAUAUAUAUGGCUUCCAAAAUGUGUGAACCCCUUGUGAUUGGUAGAGUGAUUGGUGAAGUUGUUGAUUAUUUCUGUCCAAGUGUUAAGAUGUCUGUUGUUUAUAACAACAACAAACAUGUCUAUAAUGGACAUGAAUUCUUUCCUUCCUCAGUAACUUCUAAACCUAGGGUUGAAGUUCAUGGUGGUGAUCUCAGAUCCUUCUUCACACUGAUCAUGAUAGAUCCAGAUGUUCCUGGUCCUAGUGAUCCAUAUCUCAGGGAACAUCUACACUGGAUUGUCACAGACAUUCCAGGCACUACAGAUUGCUCUUUUGGAAGAGAAGUGGUUGGGUAUGAAAUGCCAAGGCCAAAUAUUGGAAUCCACAGGUUUGUAUUUUUGCUGUUUAAGCAGAAGAAAAGGCAAACAAUAUCGAGUGCACCAGUGUCAAGAGAUCAAUUUAGUAGUCGAAAAUUUUCAGAAGAAAAUGAACUUGGCUCACCAGUUGCUGCUGUUUUCUUCAAUUGUCAGAGGGAAACUGCCGCUAGAAGGCGUUGAUAUAUCGACAAAUUAAAAGCUACAUCCCAUCUACAAUUAUAUAAUAAUUAGUGCGUGGACGGACUACUACUAUAUGCUUUUUUAAUAUUAUAUAAUUUAAUAAGACAUGCAGACUUAAAUUUUAUAUUAUUAUGUAUAUGGGGGUAAUGGUUGUUCACCCUCUUGAGUUAAUGGCUUAAUUAUAAGCACAAUGUAAUGUAAUAUCAUCAAUGUUUCACUUAAUUAAUAUAUAUUCUAUGUGUGUUUUCUCA